AUGGCUACUUCAAUGCCAGACAUAUCGUGCAUCCUACCACGACUUCCUCAAGAAUUGACCAAUGCUAUAUCUCAGUAUCUUGACGGAAGCGACCUAAAGGCCCUACGUGAAACAUGCUUAGCAAUGGCACGGGCCGUACCACUUCGUUUCGAUCGUGUAUUCAUAUCCGCAAAUUCCCUCAACAUUCAAGUCUUCAAAGCAAUUGCAGACCACGACAUUUUUCGCCAUCAAGUCACUGAGAUUAUCUGGGACGACGCCCGUUUACUUACUGGCCCGGAGCGCUGGCAAUAUAAAGAUGAAUGGGAGUAUCACGGUCGGGAGCCAGAUAUGAUUGUAACUGAGAAUGGAUGUCCGAAGUGGUUUCAGAAAGGAUCGAGUACAUCUGACGAUGACUGGUGCCACCACUACACCUUUCCUGUUGCUGACAAUCAUAUGGGACUUGCAGAGUGCUGGGAAUACUACAAGCCGUUGUUAGAAGACCAACAGCAGAUUCUGGAAAGUAAUGCUGACAUAAAGGCCUUCAAGUAUGGUCUUGAGCGUUUCAAAUCCUUGAGAAGAAUCACCAUUUCACCUGCGACUCACGGGAGGCAUGGUCACCCACUAUAUAGGACUCCUAUGAUCAGGGCAUUUCCUCCUGGAUUCGAUUAUCCAAUCCCAAAGGCAUGGCCUACUGCCCCAAUGGACGAUGGUGGAGAAUGGUACGACGAGCUCCCAUGGAUAUCCGAGGAAGGCGACGCUCCGUACCAGUGGUUUUACGGCACCCACUGUACCGCUGAGAGAUACAGAGAGAAAUGGCGAGGCUAUCAACUCGUGAGCAGAGCCUUGCUCGAGUGCGGAAAUACAGUCACAGAGCUCAAGAUUGAAGGCCACGAGAUCAAAUCGGGAUUGAGUUGUCGUGUCUUUGAUCAGCGUUGCCCAGAGUACGACAACCUAUACAUGAUCCUUGGUCGUCCAGGCUUCCGUUAUCUCGAUCUUGCUCUAUUCGCAAGUCUCAUUGAGCAAGAUGGCUGGGCAACAUACAUGACUGGGCUCCUACGAGAUGCUUUAGCUCAAGCUAAAGAUAUGGAACAUUUAUGUAUCCGCGCUUCGACAGAUAUCAAAGACGCACACUGCCAACAGCUUGAUAUAGAAGACCUUGAAUGGCCUGUAUUCCCCCUAAGGACGGUAUUUCCUAUCGAUCACUGGCCACGACUUCAGCACUUCGGUAUCUCAAAUUUCCUGGUAGAGCUAGAUGACUUGAUCGAUGUUCUGUCCUGUUUGCCCCCCACAUUGCGCUGCGUCGAGCUACUCAACCUGGCAUUUCGAAAUCCGGAACACGGUUAUGAUGAUCUCGUUCGCCAGAUGCGUGACAAAUUGGACUGGCGCUCACACCUCGUGGAAGAGAGACCGAAGGUGCAUAUGAUCUGUCGUGGGGAAGGUUCUUGCGAAGAUAAUGAGUUCAUUGAGGUAGAUGAUGCGGUGUGCUCCUAUCUAUACGGAGAUGGGGAGAAUUUGUUCGAACCUGAGUCGAGGUACGUAGCCAUGGGAUGA